CAGAAGCAGAAGGCGUUUCAAAACCAGUUUACCUUAAUACCUCAACAUGAAUACUGCGUGUGGAUUUCUCUUGGCCGUUUUGGCCGUUUCUUCAGUCCAGGCGUUCGUGAGAUACAGGAGUUAUUAUGGCGGCAGUCAUGGGUUAGGAAGACUGUACGGUAACUAUGGAAGCAUGUACGGAGGAUAUGGCAAUCUUUACGGUAGUCGCUAUGGUGGCUACGGUAAUCUCUAUGGCAACGGAUAUGGACUCUAUGGCAACGGAUAUAGCUCGUAUGGCAAGGGAUAUGGUUUAGGAAACCUGUAUGGUGGAUACGACGGUCUCUAUGGCAGCAGCUAUGGUGGAUACGGCAACCUCUACAACAACGGAUAUGGCCUUUACGGUAACGGAUUCGGACUCUAUGGCAACGGUCUCUAUGGCAACGGUCUCUAUGGCAAUCGUUACGACUAUGGACACGUCGGCCACGGUAGUCUUUAUGGCCAUGGUAGCUAUAGACACGGAAAGAAGAGCUACUAUUAAGCAGACCACUCGCCAAUAGUUGAUCUGACAACGCAAACUACUAUACCUCUCUCAUGUAUUUGCCAUAUUGUUGUAAUUCCAAUAGGUGCAAUAAAUUAAAAUGCA